AUGGGUCCCACGGUAGCGGAGAGAUGCUUCGCCGAGAAGUUCGUCGCCCCGCACUGGCUUCCUGGGGGUCAGGCAUUUUGGUACCGUCGGCAAAUAAGCGAUGACAAGUACAGAUUCAUCUACGUUGAGAUUCAAAGCAAGAAUAUUCGCCCUGCCUUUGAUCACGAGGCUUUGGCCGUUGCACUGGCAGAGCAUGUGCAGAAACAGAUCAAAAUCGACCCGGAGGCACUCCCCUUUUCAUGGAUUGAACUUGAGGAUUCCCACGUCCGUUUUCGCUUCGGAGAGCAGAUCUGGCACUUCGGGUCUGGCAAAGGUCUAUCCAAGUGUUCAGGAACAUUCACGCAGGGGAACCUGACACUCAUGCGCAGGCAGGAGCCUUCUGCUGAUACUGCAGCCAGUAGGCCUGUUACGGUCACCUUCAUUAAUAAUACAAGGUCCCGUUUAUUUCUGAACGAUGUCAACCAUAAGGGAUCAGUGAAGCCCCACACAUCCAUUUCCCAAGGCAAGACGCUGUUUGAGAAAACUUACUCUGGGGUUUCUUGGAGGCUUGAAGAUGCGGUGUCUCGUCAAUUGCGCGGGGUUUACCGUGUACCAGACAAAGUGCACGAUACUGUCAUCGUCGACGAGGUGGAUGUUGAUGAGUACUUGGGCAAAGAAGGAGAAAACCCCAUCGGUGCUCUACUUGGGAAGGGUGAUGUGGCCCCAGCGCAGGAGCAUCAAGACGAUGGCGGCUUUGUUCAGCUGAGCGAAGAGGACAUAAACACCACCCCUCAGAUUUCGGUUCGGGAUGGGAAAUUAUGGCUCCGGGAUGAACAAGGAAUCGAGUCCCAGCUCAUCGAGGCAAAUUCUUCUGAGGAGUCUCACUGUAGCGACGAGAUACUCUAUCUAUGUCCCAACAAAGCCUUCGCAGUUGCAUGGUGUUUUCAACAAUGA